AUUAAGAGCGUGGGAUUAUUGCACAGCUUCGAACUCACCAAACGUAAUCAGCCAAUAGAAACGUUACUGACGAAGUCGAAAUUCCAGAAUGAAAUCUCCCAUUCUGAACAUUAUAUUCGCAUUAGCUACCUUGUCAUCCAUAACUUUCCAAACGGUGAGCGGACAGGAUCAACCAAGGCUCAAAGUGCUUGAAAUGGAUCAAAACGGAACACUUUACCUUCACAAAACUUCACUUUUCUGCAUAAGUGAGAUUGUCAAACGCUUAGCUGAAGGAAAAUAUAAACUGGCUGAACAAAGUACUUUAGGGAUGUCAAAAGAAUUCGCAAUGUUGAACUGUAAAGACCUGAAACAGAAAGUUCCCUCAGCCGAGUCAGGUGUCUAUUGGAUAGACCCAGAUGGUGGUUCUCAUGGUAACGCAUUCCAGGCCUUCUGCGACCAACAGACUGAAGGAGGAGGUUGGACACUAGUUUGGAGUUACACUUUUACAGAUUACUCCAAUUUCAACAGGCAAUCUAAUGCUGUCACCCCGCGUCCAUCUUGGUCAGCCAGGUAUGCUAACGUUCGAGUGUCAACAACCGUUCCACUGAGCGAAACGCAUUAUGAGGCUAUGGACUUUGCUUUGUGGCGCAGCAUUGGAAAGGAAUUCCUGAUCAAGAGCAACAUCAACAACUGGAUCGCAUGUAAGGAAGGCACUGGAAGCAUGGUGCAACAGAAAAAGGGCUCUAUCACUUGUAAGAUUGUUAAACAACUUUCUAAUGUGUGUUUCGGUGCAGUACCGAACUCGGUCAGGCCAUUUGAAACCGGAAUGGUUCUUGAGGACAGUGAAAUUUAUUUUUUUUUUGAUGGUUCCACAAAUAGGAGCCCGCAAUGGCCAAUACAUGACCCAUGCGGAAGAGCUAAAACAAAUCAAUUGAAAAAAGUGCCUAAUCCACACGGAAAUGUUUUCGUUCGUUGAACUUAAGUUAUACGAGCUGUAUUCCUAAAGAACAAAUCGAAUUGGCCGGUGAUUUUUUCCUUUCUUUUCUUUUUUUUUCUUUCUUUUUUUUUUUUUUUAAGCAGGAUUCAAAGAUCAGCGGCAUGGAAUACCUGUGUUGUAAUUUAAUAAAUGAAAAAUAUAAAAAUAUACAAUUCCUGUUUACAAGAUGCUUGAUUUAUUCCACCAGUUUGAUUCAAUUCAGUUCGAUUAAUUCCCACUAGUCCCAGUCCUCCAAGAGGAUCUCAAUCGAUUUAUGUCUCUUACGACUAGCGUUUAAAUUUUGCCUAUUUUACGGCUAACGGUGCAUUUCUUUCCGUCGCUACUUAAAGAAACUUUUUUUGCGGUUACCUUUUUUUUUUUUACGACUAACAGCUAAAAUUCAUCGAUUUUUACGGCUUACAGCUAAUUUUUUUUUACCGUUUUACGCCCUACGGUUAAGAAAACUGAGACCGCCUCCUCCAGGGUGUUUGCUUCUUUUAUUCACUAGCCAUGACUUUAAAUCAUCUUCAUUUAUUACUUUCAUAUAUCGUCUUAUAAUACACUUCUAAACUUGAUUUACUGUAAAAACAAAUUUUAAAAGGUCAGAGUAAAGGUUUUGCACUGAAAAGAAUUGGAGCCUUUGAUAGUCUUGUCUUUGGCGUACUGACAUUGUAGGGACCUUAUAAGGCAAACCACGACGUACGGCGACGGCAACGAAGACUUGGAAAAACAAACGAUCUAAUGGACAGUACAGAACAAUAGCUAAGCUCGUGCGUUUGAAAACUUUGUACGUUUCUCAGCCGUCCUUUGCAAAAUAACAUCGCGAAAUCAACAAAAUUUGC